AUGGGGGAGGAGGAGGGGAGCGAGAAGGGAGAAGAGGAGAAGAAAGGGAAGAGAGGAGAGGAGGGAAAUGAUAAUUUAGAGGAGGUAGAGAGAAAAGAGAAGGGAGAGGAGGAUACUAAGAAGGAAAUUGCGGAGGAAGAAAAAGGUGGAGAGGAGAAGGAAGGGGGUGCGAAAGGAGAGGAGGAGGGAGGGGAUGGUGGAAGAGCGGAAGGAGGGGAGAAGGUGAAAGAGGAGCAUGAGGGUGAGAAGGAGAGUGAGAAGGAGGGUGAGAAGGAGAGUGAGAAGGAGAGCGAGAAGGAGGGUGAGGAGGGUGAGAAGGAGGGUGAGAAAGAGAGUGAGACGGAGGUUGAAAAGCAGGGUGAGAAAGAGGGUGACAAGGGGGGUGAGGAGGGUGAGAAGGGGGGUGAGGAGGGUGAGAAGGGAGCUGAGGAGGAGGGUGAGGAGGGUGAAAAGGAAGGUGAGGAGGAGGGUGAGGAGGGUGAGAAGGAAGGUGAGGAGGAGGGUGAGAAGGGUGAGAAGGAGGGUGAGGAGGGAAAGCAGCGGGUAGGCACAAGGGUUGAGGAGCAAGCAAGCAACCAACCAGCAGCUGCCCGUGCUCCGCUCGUCGCCACCCCUCCCCCCAUCGUCUCUUCACCCCACGAGAUCGAAUCCUCCGUCCUCCCCCUUCCCCCGCUUGAUCUCCCCCUCCUCUUGGCGCGUCUCAUCCGCACUCGGCCCCUCCUGGCACGGCAGCUGCUUUCCCCCCUCCCCCCUCUCCUCCUCCUUCCGCCUACCCUCCCUGUUCCGCCGCUCCUCCCCGUUCCGCCCCUCCUUCCUGAACCGGGCGGAAGGAGAGAGGAAGAAGAUGAGGAAAUGGCAGAUGCUGGGGGUGAGGGGAGUGAGGGGGAUGGGGGAGAUAUGGGAGAGAGGAGCAUGGAAGGAAGGGGAGGCGAGGACGGGAAGAGGAGGGCGGAGGAGGAGCUGGGAGGUAAGGGGAAGAAGGUGCGAAGUGAAGGGGAACGGGAGGAUGAGGGGCAAGGCGAGGGGGAGAAGGAGGACGGGAAGGAAGGGGGGGAGGAGGGAGAGGGGGAAGAGGUGUUGGAGCGACCUCCUUGGUCACCUGUGGGAAGCCAAGGGGAGGUUGGGGCAGUGGAUGUGCUGUCGCUGCUCUCCUCCCAUCCUGCUCUCUCAUUACAACCCACCACCACUGCUCUUUCACCUGCUCUCCCUGCUCCUGCUGCUGCUCCCAGCACGAGUGCAAUCGCUCGUGCUCCCCCUCUCGCGUCUGACGCUGCAGUGCUGCCAGCUGCUGAGCUGCGAGCAAGGGACGCGUAUCAGCGGCUGAAUCAACUGCUCUUCUCGCAUCCUAUCACUCCCGCCUCUGCUCUUGUUGCUGCUGCUGCUGCUGCUUUGCCUCCGUCCGUUGUGGCAGCAGCAGCAGCACCCACUGCUUGUGGCGCAUCCAGCUCUGCAACUGAUGACCCCAAUGCAGCGGUGACAGCUACUGCCUCAGCCAGGGUGUGGCAACUCAAGCCUGUGUCGUGCAAAAGAGGGACUGGGGGGGCGGUGCAGGGAGGUGUGGGGCGGCUGGAGGAAGGGGGCAUGGCGGAGGUGGUGGGAAGAAGGGAAGAGGCUGUGGGGAGAGGGGAGGAGGUGGUGGAGAAAGGGGAGGAUCUGUGUCUUGUGACGAAGGAGCAAGCACUGCGGUUUGGUGAAGGAUGGAGGGCGGAGGGGCAAGAUGGUAGGGAUAAGGUGGGAGGAGUUGGUGGUAGAGGUGGAUUAGGUGGAGGUGAAAGAGAUGGAGUUGGAGGAGGAGGUAUGGAUGUGGAUGGUAGAGGAGGGAAGGAGAGUCUCACUCCGGAAUCCGAUGCAGGAGGAUUAGCGGAAGGAGUAGAAGGGGGAGGAGCGGAAGGAGGAAUUGGAGGAGGAUUAAGAGAGGCGAUGGAAACAGAUGCAGGGGACACGGUGGGGCCGGAGGGGGAUGAAGCCGCUACUGCAGGGGAGGCACGUGGGGCGGAUGGGAGAGAGGCGGAAGCAGUGGGAAGUGGGGAAGAGGAGGAGAAGCGUGGACAGCGCAAGGGGGAGCAUGCAGGGCAGGAGGAGGAGCAUGAGGGCUUGCAGCGAGGCAAGGAGGAUAGCGCGCUCCCUACAGCAGAGGACGAAGCAAAGGCAAUAGCUGUGCUGGAAGCACUGCUGCUGCUCGACCCCUCCGCCUCGCACCCCAGCUUCCGCUCCUUCCUCUCUCUCACCCACACUCACAGCCACAAGCACAAUCACAGCCAGACUCGCGGUCGCAAUCACACUCGCUCCUGUUCACCCUCUCCGCGUCUCCUGCUCCUACCUCGCGUGCUCCAUGCGGCGUAUGCCUCCCUCUCUGAACCACGCCUGCCUGAUGCCGCCGUUUUCAGUCUCGCCGCCUUUCUCUGCCGGCAAGGGGCGCUCUGCAACUUACCCUCAGUAUUACGAGGGCACGGUUCAAAGUUACCUGCUGGAGAGGAUGUGAGGGGGGCAGAAGGUGGGCAAGAGGUGUGGAGUGUAUGGGCUGUUCGGGAAUCAGCGCAAGCAGCUCUGGGGUUCAUUGCAAGUGCCCUGGAGAGAGGUACGGGGGGAGGUAUGGUGGGUGCAGGCGGGAGUGGUGGUCAAUCGUACCAGCUCGGUGGCUUCCUGGAAGCGGCUGAUGCUGUUGAUGCUGCUGAUGCUGUUGAUGCUGUUGAUGCUUCUGCCGGUUAUGCCAGUGGUUGGGAUGCUGAAAGUGGUGAAAGCGGUAGUGGUGGUGGUGGCAGCAGCACUCGUGCAAGCUGGGCGAUUGUGUAUGAGCUGUGUCGACUCACUGAGCAGCAGCAGUGCAACAACCAGCAGGGCAAUCAAACCCAUCGUUUCAUGGCAGAAGCUGCAUGGAAGCUUCUCGCAGGCCUCUACUGCACAGUACCAGAUGCACUUUCCAGGCACCUUCCUGAGCCGCUGGCCGAUUGGAAGGGUCGUGUGGCGUCUCGGGCUGUCCCUGAAAGAUACGCCCGGGCAUCUGAAACUCUCUCCUCAUUGGUCCGCGCUCUCCAGCAACUCGUUCAGUCCUGCCUGCCCGAAACUUCUUCCGGGCAGGAAACCAAAUUGGUGGCUCAUCCCAUGCUUCUCAUUCCCUUGCUGCCCAUGCUGGCAGCACAGCUGCAGGACCUCAUCCCGCUGGUGACCUGCUCCUCUCAGCCGCUCAAGUCAGCAGCAGUCAACGCCUUCUCCUCUGCCCUCGUGCUGCUCUCCGCCCUCCAGCCCUCCCUGCUUACACUGUACAACCAUUCCUCCACCACCCCUACUGCUACUACCACUACCACUCCCACCGCUGCUGCCGCCGCCCCCACCACCAGCAGAACCAUUCCAUGGUUCACCACCCCGACCAGCGUCACUGCCAGCAGCAGCAGCAGCAGCAGCAGCAGCAGCAGCAGCAGCGAUGUGUUGGCAGUGGUUGUGCAGCCGUAUCUGGACCUUCUGCUGACGCUGAGGCUGAGGGACAAGCCCGCUGUGGUGAGGCUCGUGGCCCAGCUGUUUGACUUCCUCCUCCGCUGCUGCUCCUACUCUGCUGCUGCCGCUGACAUGAAUGCGCACAGGCACAUGGGUAAUGAUGCCAUGCAUGCUCACACGCACACAGACACACAGCACACAGGCUCCCAUCUUAGGAGCUUAGACCUGGUGCGCGCGCACAGGGGCGGGGCGUUGGCGCACGCAGCGAAGCACUUUGGCAAGGUGAAGAAGCUGAAGCUGCUGCUUGCAACACUGGAUGCCGGAGGGCCUGAAGGGGCUGAAAGAGAGGGUGAAGGAGAGGAAGGGGACACGUCGUCGCUAGGGAAAUGGGUGGGGUUGAGUGCACGGCUGGUUGGUGUGCUGCAAGCCUCCUCAGGUGGCGCUUCAGUUGAAGACGAAUCGUGGUUGUCAGACGGUGAUGCCUCUGCUGCUGCUGGCACUGCUGCAGCAGCAGGCGCAGGAGAAAGGGGGAAUGUGGAAGCAAUGAUGGGAGUGCUGCAGGAGAUAGAGUCAUUAGCAGCACAGCAACCAGCCAGACUAGCCCUCCUCCAGAAACCCCUCUGCAUCGCUCUCCACUGCUGCCCGUUCCCCCACUCUCCCUCGUUACCAGCAGCGGCUGCGGCCAUUGGUGGAGUGGAAGGGAAGGUGGAUGGGGGAAUGGUGGUGGAUGCGGUACUGAGGCUGCUAGAGCGAAUGCUACUGCAUGCAUACAGGUGA